UCAAGAUAUAUUAUGGCGAAACAAAAUAUUAUUCGACCCUACACCAAUAAUAAUAAAUAUUCCUCCACAAUCAGCAAUUAAAACUGCUGAUCAUCCACCUAUCUAUUCAAAACAAUAUCCAGCAUCAUCUAAAGAUCAAGAAAUUAAAUUUCAAGAAACACAAAAAUUAUUAGAACGUGGUCAAAUUGAAGAAUCAACUUCACCAUGGUCAUCACCGAUUGUUCUUGUCAAGAAAAAAGACAAAACAAUGCGAUUUUGCAUUGAUUAUCGACGAUUAAAUGCUAUUACAAUUAAAGAUGCAUUUCCAUUACCUCGUAUUGAUGAAAUCUUUGAUCAAUUAUCUGAUGCAACAUAUUACACAAAAUUCGAUUUUAAAUCUGGUUAUUUCCAGGUACCUCUAUCGAAAGAGGACCGUCCUAAAACGGCUUUUUCAACCCGUGACAACCAUUAUCAAUUUACUGUACUUCCUCAAGGUAUUACAAAUGGACCCGCUACAUUUCAACGUGUAAUUAAUCAUAUAUUAGGACCCACAAGAUGGAAAUACGCAUUAGCAUAUAUUGAUGAUGUCAUCAUUUACUCCAAAACAUUUCAAGAACACUUAUCUCAUCUGAAUGAAAUUUGUCAAAUAUUAAAAGAAGCUCGUUUUCGUCUCAAUCCAGAAAAAUGUGAAAUUGCUCGAACACAAACUGAUUAUCUUGGACAUCGUAUACAAAAUGGUGAAAUUCGUCCAAGUCCUACCAAUAUACAUGGUCUACUAAAUACAAGAUUACCACAAACAGCAGAUGAAGCUUGUAAAUUCGUUAAAGCUGCUGAAUAUUAUAGAAAAUUUAUACCAAAUUUUUCUCAAAUCGCCGAACCACUUAGAAAAUUCGUACCAACUACUCGAACUCAACGAAAGCAAGGACAAAAAACUAUUAUUACAUUAACAAGUCAAGAAAUUAAAGCCUUCGAACAACUUAAAAAAUUUCUUACAACUGAUCUGGUAUUACGACUUCCAAAUAAUAGAUUCCCUUUUAAGGUACAAACCGAUGCUUCGGAUGAGGGAAUCGGUGCAGUUUUAUUACAAAUUUAUCCCGAAGAAGAUAGACCAAUUGCAUAUUUAUCAAAGAAAUUUACUCAAGCACAACGUAAAUGGUCUCCUAUGGAACAAGAAUGUUAUGCAUUUAUAUGUGCAUUAGAUAAAUGGCACAAUUAUUUAAGUGGAAUUACAUUUAUUUGGGAAACUGAUCAUAAAGCAUUAACACAAUUAAAUAAAAAAGCACAAGUUAAUAAACGAUGUGAAAGAUGGAGAUUAAAAAUUUUAGAAUAUGAUUUCAAGGUGAAAUACAUUCCUGGUUUAACAAAUUCAAUGCCAGAUUAUUUAUCAAGGUCUCCAGUCGACGAUGCUGAAGAGGAUCCUGAUGAAACUACACAUCUUAUUUCAAAAUCAACACAAACCGAUAUUGCAAAUAUUAAUAAUUAUUCCUCUAUCAUCGCAGCUGUUGAAACUCGUGCUAUGAAAUUACGAAACAAAACUUUAAAUGACAUUUCAGAUACAACAAAAUUAACAUCAGAUUCUCUAAAUACCUCUAUUGAAGAGAAUCGUACAACUCCAUUUUCCAUUGAAGAAUUAAUUCAAGCUCAACAAAAUGAUAAUUAUGCAAAAAAUAUUCUAAACAACAUCAAGAAAUAUAAAAAUUAUAUGAUCAAAGAUAAUCUUUUAAUGCGUCGACUAAAUCAUCCAGUUCCUUAUGUACCACAAGGCGAUCUUCGAAGGACAAUUUUACAAAUUUGUCAUGAUACUGCAGCAAAUGGUGCUCACUUCGGAAGGGAUAAAACAAUACAUAAAAUUAAACAACGUUAUUUUUGGCCUUCGAUGUACAAGGAUAUCAAUAAUUAUAUUAAAUCAUGUAUUACUUGUGCUCAAUAUAAUCCUCGUGUAUGGCAACUAGUAGCUAUGGAUUUUCAUGGUCCUAUUACUUCAACAUCUCAACGUGGAAAUAAAUAUAUUAUAUCUCUUACAGAUGUCUUAUCCAAAUUCGUUGUUACAAAAGCUGUACGUGAUAAUACAGCUCAAACAGCUGUUCGAUUUCUCAAAGAAGAUAUUAUUUCAAAAUUUGGAACUCCUCGUUGUAUCCUGACUGACAAUGGAACACAUUUUACAUCAACAUUAAUGAAUGAACUAAUAAAACAAAUUGGAUCAACACAUUUAUAUUCAACACCAUACCAUCCUCAAACAAAUGGUCAAGUUGAAAGAUACAAUUCAACUAUGGAUGCAAAAAUUGCAGCUUUACCAAAUUUACAUAAAACCGAUUGGGAUGAUCAAUUACCAUUUGUUACAUUUAAUUACAAUACUUCAAUUCAUUCCUCCACAAAACAAAUACCAUUCGAAAUGAUGUAUGGUCGACUACCUGUUUUACCAUUUGAUUAUCAAGA